AUGUCUAAUAUUGAUUUUCUUGGGAAAGCUAUUAGUAUUGUUAAAAAAGCUAUUGAAGAAGAUAAUGCACAAAAAUAUAAUGAAGCAUAUAAACUUUAUAUUAAUUCUUUAGAAUGUUUUAAUAUGGCUCUUAAGUAUGAAAAGAGUGAAAAUGGGAAAAAUCUUAUUAGGGAUAAAGUGACUCAAUAUCUUGAUAGAGCUGAAAUGUUAAAAGAAUAUCUUGAAAAAAAUAAUGGAAAUAUGAAGUACAGAUCAGUCAAAAUUAAUGGGAAUGAGCUUGGUUUAGGAAAAAAAAUGAAAAAAGAUAGUGAUAGCGAUGAUAAUGACGAUAUUGAAACAAGAAAACUUAAAAGCGCAUUAGCAAGCACAGUAAUAUCUGAAAGUCCUAAUGUUAGAUGGGAUGAUGUGGCAGGUUUAGACAGUGCAAAAGAUGCAUUAAAAGAGGCUGUUAUAUUGCCUGCAAGGCUUCCUCAUUUGUUUAAAGGUAGCCGAAAACCAUGGAUAGGAAUAUUGUUGUAUGGGCCUCCUGGAACUGGUAAGUCACAUUUAGCAAAAGCAGUGGCAACUGAAUCUAAAUCAACUUUUUUUUCUGUAAGUUCAAGUGACCUUGUUAGUAAGUGGAUGGGUGAAAGUGAACGACUUGUUAAACAAUUAUUUGCAAUGGCUCGUGAGAAGAGGCCUGCAAUAAUAUUUAUUGAUGAAAUUGAUGCACUUGCUGGUACUAGGAAUGAUGGUGAUAGUGAAGCCUCACGAAGAAUUAAGACUGAACUUUUAGUGCAAAUGAAUGGUGUAGGAACUGACUCUUCAGGAAUUCUUGUUCUUGGUGCUUCUAAUAUACCAUGGGCUUUAGAUCCUGCUAUUCGUCGAAGAUUUGAAAGGCGUGUUUAUGUUCCUUUGCCUGAUUCUACUGCAAGAUUGAAAUUGUUUAAAUUGAACAUUGGAGAUAUACCAACUGAAUUAACUGCUAAUGAUUUUAAAAUUCUUGUAGAGAAAACAGAAGGAUACUCGGGUUCUGAUAUAGCUAUUGCUGUUAGAGAUGCUGUUAUGGAACCAGUACGUCGAAUUUAUAGCGCUACUCAUUUUUGUUAUGUUGACUGUCCUAAUGGUAAACGUCUUCUUACUCCAUGUUCUCCUGGUUUUUUAGGGGCACAAGAGAUGACAUGGGAAAAAGGAACUGCUGAUACUUUACUUGAACCUAUAUUAACUAUGAAUGAUUUUCUUAAAGCUCUUAAAAACACACGUCCUACUGUUAGUUCUGAUGAUCUUACACGCUAUAUUCAAUUUACACAUGAAUUUGGUUUAGAUGGUUAA